CUAUCGCCAUGAAAACUCUAAAUACUCUAAAAUGUCACGUGAUGACCCACUAAACGGUCAGCUGAUCACCAAAGCGGAAGUGAUGCGACGAUGGCGUGCUAUUUCCCUCUUUGUCAUUCUCCUGUCUCUAUCGACAAUUCAGGUCAUUCUCGUGCACUCGACGUGGCGUCACAAAGUGAAUACCGUACAGCAGACAGGUCGUAGAUUAGCAUCUGAAGGGAAUGAGUUUAGUGGGAGAUCUCGCCAAGUCGUCCAUCGCAUUCUCUUCCAGACGAGCGCGUCAAGUCCAAGCGACAGCAAGACGUCGAACAGACAUCGAGCCGAUGUAUUUGAUGGAGAGAAUAGCGAGACAACCAACCUUGUUGCUGCAGAGGAGCUCACAAGAGAGAAUAGUACGACGGCUAUGACGCGUGCUGAGCGGAAGCGGAAACCGGAUGUUAACCCGAAACCGGAUGUUAACCGGAAACAUGAUGUUAGUGGAAAAUACGAUCAAAUGUGGAGCGUUAGUAGGGAAGGCGGUCAAAAUGAGACUCAAAUAGGAAAGGCUGACAAUUUGAGGUCAGAGAAUUUAUUGCUAAAUUGCUCUCAAUUGAGGCCUCCUCUCAGCUUGAUGUCUGGUGAUCGACCUGUUGGCUGUGAUAGCAAUGAUCGUUAUCAGGCUUCGAGCCUCUUCUGUCUUGCAUCGACGUCUCGCGUUCGACUUGUUGUUCUCGUUUUAUCGGCUGCGAGAAAUUACGAGAGACGUCAGGAGGCAAGGACGAAUUGGCUUCGAUCUCGUUUCUUGAUGACACCUCAGUUCAUAGACAACAAUCCGUGGGCAUAUGCGUUUGUUGUUGGGAAGUCAAGAGGGUCAGUAAGAGACAGAGAGAUAACAGAGAGUAAUCUGGAAAUAGAAUCGUGUCAUUACAGAGACAUACUGAAGGUUGAUGUUGAGGAAGGUUACAACAAUUUAACUUGGAAGAAAUUGGAGGCAUUCAAAUAUCUCAUGCAGUCGGGAAUAGGCUUCGAAAUUGUAUUGAAAACUGAUGACGAUUGCUACAUAAACAUACAGCUGGUAUUAGAGUGGCUGCCUGAAGCUGCCAAUAAAUCAUACAAUUUAUUGAAAUCUCGAGCUGGAGGUCGGAAUUUAUUCUAUAGCGGUCACUGCCCACCUCGUGGAUAUCCAAGUCGGAAUCCGAGAAGCAAAUGGUCGGUGAGUCAUGAAGAAUACAAGAACACUGCGUAUCCUGCUUUCUGUUUUGGAGCCGGGUAUUUCCUGUCACGUGACCUGUUGGCCGCCAUCUUGAAUCUUCGUGAUCUGAAAGAGACGUUCCAUUUGGAGGACGUGCAUAUGGGAGUAUUAGUCAAUGACACCGGAUUCUUCCCUAAUGGGGAUGGAAUCACUCAGGCGUUGAGGGUGUAUAAUUUUGCCGUAGGAGAGUGUGGCUGGAGGGGUUGUUAGCAAAAUGAAUAUAGAAGAAACAGCUGGUGUGCACAUGCGUUGGUUGUAUUGGGCAGCACCAUCAUGUCAUCCUGCUGUCUUUCCUUGGUUGCCACUUGACUGUAUAAAAUACAUGUCCA